AACGGGGAACGUUAAAAUUCAAUCAGAUGCGACAACCCGCAGCACACCGACAGUACUGUAUUAUACCCAAGGAGCCGAGACUAUUGCUCGGCAGUGAGGCUCAACUGGCCUAAUUGUCACUUGGUAGCACUUGACCAGAACACCCAGUCAUCGCGUUGUCAGGCUAUGUUUGUGCCACCAUGUCAGAUGAGAGAGGUUCAAUAGACGACGCGAUGCAAUCAAUCGAAGCAGCCCCAGUGAUCAAGCAGCGAACGCGGUACAAGCACUCUGACUAUGUAUGCGAAAAGUGUCGACGCGCUCACAGGCGUUGUAAGCAUGACCCUCGACUGGACCCUAAUUACGAUCCAAAUAAGCCGCGCAAGCGUAAACGACACGACAGGGGUGAUGAUGCGGACGGAGCAGGCCAAUCGAGUGUCGCUUCGCUUCAACAAACUGCUAGCGAAGAGGGAUCGAUGCGGCUGGAAUCUGUGCCAAAUGAAAGUUUCUUGUUGGAUGAGCUGACGCCGACAGUAAGUUUGGAAUGUCCUCUGCCUCCUCCAGCGACAGAGAUUCAGGACCCGACGAGCGAACGCCAUAUCGAGCUGCUGACGCACCUCAUACAGGCAUUCUCCAUAUGUCCGCCUUCUGAAGUUCACAAUGCACAAUGGCGCCAAAUGCUUCAGGACUCUGAAGCGCUCAGAACAGCUGUCCUUUCAUUGACUAUUCUGCAGUCGCCUCUGCAUAGCGAGCGACUCGAUGAAGCCUUAGGAUACAAACAUACGGCAGUCACUUUGCAACUGUCGGAGCCCAGCUACGACAGUGACUACUAUGCCCACUGUACUCCACUCUUCAUCAGUUUACUGCUUUGUCUGUGUGAGUUUGCCUCACAAUCACCCCUGGAAGUGCUGGCUCUGCAUGCUUCACAAAGCCGUCUGUUGCUCGAUGGCUAUUUAGCUCAAGAUGCUCUGCCUGACCUCUUCACGCAGAUGAUGAUGCCCUCACUGCAGGAAGAUUGCGCAAUCAGCAAAAGGCUGCUUGAACGACAUCCCAGCAUUGCAACGCCCUUCUUAUUUGUCUUUCCAGGUAUUGAUAUCGCGCAAGACUGUGCAGUUGGCAACGUUCAAGACCUUUUGGGUCUUGCGCUGACUGGCUAUGCGCUGGCCCUCCGGCCGCCUGGUGCGUAUGGCCAUGCUGUGCUUCGAUUGAUGUUUCGCGUCUGCUUGCAUGUGAUUCACCGCGACCUACUACCCUCUGCGCAACAACGCUUUGCGGAUCUGAUGGUGGAGACGCUGUACGUACUGGCGACAUGGCUCGAGUACUAUGACCGACCUCAUCCAGGCCAUCUCAGAAUGAGCCUGUGUGCCAAGAUUGAAGUCGUGGAACACUUUUUUGGUACGAUGGUCUUGCCUAGAGCAGUCGUUGACCUUUUGGACGGGCGGCCGAUUGUUGAGUCGCUUCCAUCUAAUGUCUUUUAGGCUUGUAUGUCCAUGUAUGUGGAUGACCCCUCACUCUAGUCGGGCCUUCUAGCGAAUACAAGAGUAGAUAUCAAGAACGAAGAAAUGCUUAUGAUGACCAUCUAGCUGAUCCCAAAUGCCAUGCCGGGCCAACCCUGGCAAUUCCGCAUGCAAUCCCACCCGAAGCUGCACGUCCAAUUGAUUGCUUUCCAAGGUUUUCUGCUUUCUGGGGAAGUCGGCUGC